CGAGCGCGCGGGCUGCAUGCGCCCGGGAUAGCCGGGUUCCCCUCGGGUCGCCAGGCGUGCCCAGAGGGGACAGACUCGUCCCGGGGCGCCCCGGCCCCGCUGUCCCCGGGGCUAUGGCCAUGGUGACCGGUGGCUGGGGCGGCCCCGGAGGCGACACGAACGGCGUGGACAAGGCAGGUGGGAGCUACCCACGCGCGACCGAGGAGGACUCGGCCUCGCCUCCCGGGGCGACUAGCGACGCGGAGCCGGGUGACGAGGAGCGUCCGGGGCUGCAGGUGGACUGCGUGGUGUGCGGGGACAAGUCCAGCGGCAAGCACUACGGAGUGUUCACCUGCGAGGGCUGCAAGAGUUUCUUCAAGCGCAGCAUCCGCCGCAAUCUCAGCUACACCUGCCGGUCCAACCGUGACUGUCAGAUUGAUCAGCACCACCGGAACCAGUGUCAGUACUGUCGCCUCAAGAAGUGCUUCCGGGUGGGCAUGCGCAAGGAGGCGGUGCAGCGCGGCCGCAUCCCGCACGCUCUCCCGGGUCCCGCGGCCUGCAGCCCUCCGGGCGCGGCGGGAGUCGAGCCGUUCGCGGGACCGCCGGUGUCCGAGCUGAUCGCGCAGCUGCUGCGCGCUGAGCCCUACCCCGCGGCUGGGCGCUUUGGUGGCGGCGGCGCCGUGCUGGGCAUCGACAACGUGUGCGAGCUGGCGGCGCGCCUACUGUUCAGCACGGUCGAGUGGGCCCGCCACGCGCCCUUCUUCCCGGAGCUGCCGGCCGCCGACCAGGUGGCGCUGCUGCGGCUCAGCUGGAGCGAGCUGUUCGUGCUGAACGCGGCGCAGGCGGCGCUACCGCUGCACACGGCACCGCUGCUGGCCGCCGCGGGGCUGCACGCCGCGCCCAUGGCUGCGGAGCGCGCGGUGGCCUUCAUGGACCAGGUGCGUGCCUUCCAGGAGCAGGUGGACAAGCUGGGCCGCCUGCAGGUGGAUGCUGCCGAGUACGGCUGCCUCAAGGCCAUCGCGCUCUUCACGCCUGACGCCUGUGGCCUUUCUGACCCAGCCCAUGUUGAGAGCCUGCAGGAGAAGGCACAGGUGGCCCUCACCGAGUAUGUCCGUGCCCAGUACCCAUCACAGCCCCAGCGCUUUGGACGCCUGCUGCUGCGGCUGCCGGCCCUGCGUGCUGUGCCUGCAUCCCUCAUCUCCCAGCUUUUCUUCAUGCGCCUGGUGGGCAAGACACCCAUCGAGACGCUCAUCCGGGACAUGCUUCUGUCAGGGAGCACCUUUAACUGGCCCUAUGGCUCGGGCUAGUGAUGGUCCUCUCCAGCUUCUCUUCUGAGACUGACUUCUUUUUUUAAAGACUGUGAAAUGUUUGGUUUGUUUUUUAAAUAAUCAUGAAACCAAAAAGAUUCGGAUCUCCCAGGCUCCAGCUUUGUCCUGGCUGCCCUUCGGCAGGGUGGGGCUGAGGGUCUGGAGCCAGCAUGCUAGUGCCUCUGGUCCUGGGUAUCUGGAAGGGCCACUGCAGCUGGGCAGGGGUGCUAUGGGCCAGGAGGGUCCCCUGGAUACAUGGCCCAUGGAGGGCACCAUGAAAUCAUGGCCAACAAUAAAGAUAUUCCCAUACUUG